AUGAAUCUAACAUGUGUGAGUUCUCAACAAGUUGAAAUCUUCAAUUCAACACCCUACGAACUCGCAGUCAUUUUCAACCUAACAAUAACUUUUCUAUCAAUAAUUUGCACAGUCUUCGCUAUUUACAAACUCUUAUCUCAAUCAAUAAUCCACUCUUCCACAAAAAUAUUCCUCCUUUCGAGUUUAUAUUGUGUUCUUUCCCAAGAUUUCGCAUACUUCAAAUUGAAAUUCAACAUGUUGCGAGAUAUAUUUCUAUACUUUGGUAAACCAUGUUUCCCUUAUUAUGAAAUCUCGGAUUGUGAACUUAUUCAACGUGGAAUGUUGAUUGCUACAAGUGGACUUCUUCUAAUUCAAUCAUUCAUGAGUUUGGAUCGAAUUCUUCACCUAAUCCUUCCAAGUUUCUACGCAAGUCUCGAAGCUUUUCCCUCUUUAUUUUUUGCAAGUAUCGCAAUUCUCGUCAGCUUUUUUGUCUAUGAAUUUCUCACAAUUGGAGAUCCUUUAGAAGGUGAAAUAUUGAAUUGUGUAUAUUUUUCACCAAAAUCUACUGGCAAUUAUCAAAUUUACAAUUCUAUUGUAUUCUAUUUUUCAAUCGGACAUAUGAUUCUAGAUUUACUGAUCUAUAGAUUAGUGUUGAACAGGAAUAAUCAAAUGAUGUAAGUUCAACUACAAAUAUCUGAAAAUCAUCUUUGAUUUCAGUAAAACAUUCAAUUUGGCUGAAAAAUAUCAAGCUCAAGAAUCCCUAAAAUCCACACAAUAUAUCGUAACUCUCUCCACAAUCCAGCUCACAGCUCAAGUCACAAGUUCAUUAUCAUCUCAAUUUCUCGCAGCUGUUGGAACUUAUCUCAACUCCUAUUUAAAUGCAAUGGCAGCAGCGUUAUUAUAUGUGAGUCAUAGAGUUUUGAGUUCAAAAAAAAAUAUAUAUUUUCAGUCAAUGCCAUAUUUCUGUUUGGCUCAUCCACUAUUAAUAAUGUGGAUUUUGAGAAGAACUCGGAUUGAGCGACAAAAAAGUAUUCAAGAAUUGAGAUCACAUCGAGAUACACAAGAAGAUCAUAUGAAGCGAAUCAAAACUGCUUGGGCCUAA